UAAAGCUGCCAAGGUUGAGAAUCUCUGGGAAUUUUACACUAAUCGUAAUUUUAACAUUCUGGCUGAGGAAUUGUGGGAGUUGAAGUCCACCCGUCUCGAAGUUGACAAGGAGAAAUCAAAAGCUCAUGGAUUUCACCACUGGAAUCCUUCUUCCGCUGCUUUUCGGUGGCGCAGGGAUCUUCACUAUCUUACGAUUGGUCAGAAGAAUCCAGGCAAGGGCCUAUCUGAAGGACGCAGUGGUAGUGAUCACAGGGGCGACUUCUGGGCUGGGGAAAGAAUGCGCCAAAGCUUUCCAUGCGGCAGGAUCCCAAUUGGUGCUGUGUGGCCGAAGUGGAGAGAGGCUUCAGGAUGUUCUCCAGGAAUUAUCCGCUGCCGCUGACCCCCUCAAAAACGGCCACAAGCAUCACAUGGUGGUUUUUGAUCUCUCGGAUAUCAAAGCGGUAGUGAGUGCUGCGAAGGAGAUUCUGAGCUGCGUGGAUCACGUCGAUAUUUUAAUCAACAAUGCAGGGAUCAGCUACCGGGGCACCAUAAUAGAGACCGUGAUAGAGGUGGACCGGAAAGUGAUGGAAACCAAUUAUUUUGGGCCGGUUGCUCUGACGAAAGCCCUCCUGCCUGCCAUGAUCAAGAGGAGGAAAGGGCACAUCGUAACCAUCAGCAGCGUGCAAGGCAAAAUCAGCAUUCCUUUCCGCUCAGCGUAUGCGGCCUCCAAACACGCAACUCAAGCUUUUUUUGACUGCUUGCGAGCCGAAGUGGAGCGAUUCAACAUCGAAGUGACGGUUGUCAGUCCCGGCUACAUCCAGACCAACCUUUCGCUCAACGCGGUCACGUCCGACGGAUCUCAGUACGGAGGCGAAGCAAAAGUUUUGAAAACACAAGCAAAAGACCGAAUUUCUCUUUUACAUCACGCAAACUGCCCUUUAAAGCAAAAACACCAGCCUGUCACAAAUGUGCCCAGCAACACUUACAAGAUUUAUGCCUAUUGGAACAAAAACUACCCCGUGGAAACAAAUUAUAGAUAUAUAGUGAUCCAACCAGUCGGAUCCAACUAUUUUAACAACGAAAAAAAAACAACAACCUUGCAGCCCAUCAUGCAGCAAGCCACAUUGAGAAGUUAGAAAAGUUUGUUGCCAAGUUUGAAACUGGACAGUAGAAUAAAAAUUAAGUUGCUGUUUUCAGAUUCCGUUACAUAAUAGUUGGGUUGUAACAAUUUUUCUUUCAGAAAGUAACCCCAGCGGAAGAAAAUAAAAAUAUUCAUUUCCCACUUUUCAUUCAGGAGCUCAAGCCUUCCAAACCAUAUUUAGACCCUUUACUUUCCAUGCCAACAAAAAUAUCCAUUUGUCCAUUUUUCUACCUUGCUAGAAAAGCCAACGGUGAAAUAUUUAAAAGUUUCCAAGCUAAAAGCUCACCCACAAAUCAAUUAAUUCCAUGCCAGCUCCCAAGCUAAUUUUCCAAAUCCAAAACAAAUACAUCACCCACCUAAACAACAACAACAACAAAAAUGCAAAUCAACCCGCAUCAACAAUUGUGCACCCAGAAGUCACUUUUGGAAGAUUCAAGGGAAUGUUCAGAAAUGACAAAUUCAAAAAAAAUAACACUUGCAGGGUAGAAAUGGUGAAUUGAAGAAUGAACCGGCCUUUGUAAUUUCUCUCCAGAGAAACUGAUCUGAAAGUGAGUUUCAAAAUGAGCUACAAGAAUGAUACGGAAAAAGAUGCUAGGCUGGAUAAUACGAAUAAAAAAUGGCUUCAUAAUUGAAAGCGAUGUACAAAUAAUCAAUAAAAGGAGUUACUUGGAUAACUUUCCUAUACUGGACUGACCCCCCCCCCCAAAAAAAGGCUCAUUAAAGUUUUGAAGGACUUUGUGAGAAGGGACUAAAAAAAAGAUGAAAUCAAAUCCUAGAACAUUAUUUGAUGGGAUUAAAGAUCAAGAUUGUUAAAAGGAAGAAUGUAAAGUUGGUUUAUUUGAUCAAGCUUAAAAUAGAUCUGGCGCUUAUGACUAAUAAUUCUUAAUGGCCUUUUGCUAAAAUCAAGACUGAAAAAUGAGGCAUUUAAGGAAAGUAAGCGAUAGAGAUUGGCAAGAAGAUAUCAUAUGUUAUAUUUUAAAAGGUGAUAAGUUACUAAAAUAGUUUGUACUUGUGAUGAAGAGAGUAGUUAUUUCUUUAUAUAUAAUACACACACACACACACACACACAUAUAUAUUUACUGUCAAAGAAAUAAAGGGAGACUAGUAUAGAUCUAUUU